UUUUAACACGAGCGUCGUUCUCUGGAUGGAUGUAUUGUUGCGCUCCAAUAGAGACACAGGCCAGCAGUGAAGAGACAAAAAAGAGAAUUAUUCUGCCACGUUUAAAUCAGUGUCACAGCUGCUUCGGUGUCUUUUGCAGUGAGUUCAUCAUGCCUCGUCUGAGAGCAAGAAUAAACAAAAGAUCAUCCGAAAGAAACCAACGGCUUUUACAGCAUUUUUGCGAAAACACCUCAAUUCAUGGCCUGAAACACAUUUUCGAAGACGGAAGUCUGUUCUUCGAACGAGUUAUUUGGAGCCUGGUGUUUCUCUCCGGCAUUUGCUUCUCGGGAUAUUUCUGUUUGCAAAUGUGGCAAAAGUGGGAGCAGUCUCCUUUACUCACAUCGGUCGAAACACAUCUUUACCCACUAAAGAAUAUCCCCUUUCCAGCUGUCACAAUCUGCAAUGUUAACAAAGUCUCGGGAAGAAAACUCAAUGACGCAAUAUCAGGCAAUCCCAAGUUCAAAGGUGUUUCUUAUGCAAAACUGCAAACGACACUGCGAUAUAUGACUAAACUGGAUAGAGCAUUCAACAACGAGGAAGAGUUGCUAAAGCUGAGCCGAUAUUACGAGGCGCUUAACAUCACUGCUCUUGAUUUGUUCAAGGUCUUGAAACGAACUGCGCCAUCUUGUACAGAUCUAAUUUUGGACUGCAGCUGGUUAGGGCUUUCCGAACCGUGUAUGCAGUACUUUACUUUCUUACCUACUGACGACGGAAUGUGCUGCACAUUUAACGGAGGAAAAUAUUUCGACACAAUAUUAGACCUAGAAACCAAAGCCCAUGAGCCCUUGAAAGUGAAUGGCAAUGGAUACCGAAUGGGUUUGUCUUUAGUUCUCGAUGCCGAUUUGAAUGAUUGCAGUGUUACUAGUGGCAAAUUCGACGGCUUCAAGGUGUUGAUCCAUUCGCCGGAAGAAUUUCCUGACGUGGCCCAUAGAGGAUUCGUGAUAGGUCUAGGAACAGAAACCUUCGUUGGAGUCAAAGCAACCACUUCUUUCUACGCUGAAGAGGUUGCCAAAGAAAUCCCACCUUCGAUACGUCAAUGUCAUGUGGAGGGCGAAAAGAAAUUGAAAUAUUUUCAGCGUUAUAGUCGAUCAGCUUGUUCCGUCGAAUGUGAUACGCAGUUUAUGGAAGAACGCUGUCAUUGCCGUCCAUUUUACUUCAAAGGAGAUAACCAGACAAAGUUGUGCGAAAUUAAGUCCUAUGGCUGCAUAGCUGAAGUUUAUGAGGGCAUUCAUUCACGGGGCGAUAUAUGUGGAGAAGAAUGUAACUGUUUACCUCCCUGCUCGGACACCUGGUACGAGCCAGAAAUUUCCUACGCAUCCUUCCCCGGUCGUGGUUUCAACCGAACACGCACUUUUAAACGAAUUGUAGCAAGACAUAGACUAAUUUCCGGAUCCGAAACAAAAGAAUAUUUAAAAUCCAAUGUAGCGAUGCUUCACGUAUACUAUAAAGAAAAGACAGGAAUGCGCUACAGAACGGAUAUUCGCUAUGGAAUCGAAGACUUUAUCUCUGCAAUGGGUGGACUUUUGGGCCUCGGUCUAGGCAUGAGCUUCAUCAGCGUCAUCGAAUUAUUCUACUUCCUCUUUUAUCGGCGCAUCUUUUUAUGGUUACGUACUAACUGGUCAACCCACAAGAAGGCACCUGAAAAUCAGACGAUGGCGAUUGCACCUCAGCAUUCCUACCGAACAUCUUCCAAAUCGAGGAAAAGUCCACCGUCUUCGCCAACAAUAAAUCCGUCAUCCUCGAACAUCUGGUUCCUCAGCCUCGAUGGACACUCGCAACUAGUUCGCCGUGGUUCAGUUAAUUUACCUUCUCAAAUACAGGGUCGGGUUUUUAAAUAUUGAUAAUCAUCAAGAACUCCCAGAUUCAUAAUUAAUAGCCCAAUAUUAAAUCUACCGAGUAAUGUAAAUAUCUUGUUUGGUAUGCGCAGAAGAAAAAGAAAAAUACGAAAUGGAAUCUUCAUCGUCA